AACCCCCACGACGCCUGGUUUAUUUUUCUCCUGCGCUUCCUGCUCCGGGACUCCGGGCUCCGUGCGGGAGCCUCCCCUGCGCCCUCUCUGCCCGGCCCGGGCCCCAGCCGGGGGGAAUGGCCCUGCUGCCCCCGGCGCUGCGGGGCGCCAAGCCCAAGCACAGCCUGCCCCCCCACUACUACGAGGGCUUCCUGGAGAAGAAGGGGCCCCAGGACAAGGGGUAUAAGAAGUACUGGACAGGCCUGCGGGGACUCACGCUGUUUUUCUACAAUGCCAGCCGAGACGUGCAGUACGUGGAGAAGAUCGACCUGGACACCUUCGUGUCCCUGACCGACAGCUACCUCCAGAGCGGCCCCAGGGCCAGCGAUGACGGGAUGGGGCUCAACCUGAAGCUGAGGGGGCAGGAAGUGAAGUUAAAGGCCGAGAGCCUGGAGGCUCGGGAGAUGUGGAAGGGUUUCAUCCUCACCGUGGUGGAGAUGAAAGUCCCCUCCAACCUCACGUUGCUGCCCGGCCACAUCUACAUGAUGUCCGAAGCCCUCUCCAAGGAGCAGGAGCGACAAGCCCAGCUGAGCCAGCGCUGCACCGCGAGCUCUCUCGACUACGAGUUGUUGGAGGAACAGAUGCCGGACUGCUAUUUCAAGGUCUCCAGGACAGAGGCCCAGGUCCUGCUGGAGAGGAACCCGGACUGCGGCAACAUGCUGCUGCGCCCGGGGGGCGACGGGAAGAGCAUCUCGGUGACCACGCGUCAGAUGCUGAGCAGCACCCCGGUUGUGAAGCACUACAGAGUGAACCGCGUGGGACAGCAAUAUGUCAUCGACGUCGAGCAGCCGCACCGCUGCCCCUCCCUGGCCGACGUGGUGGAGUACUUCGUCUCCAACACCAAGAAGACCCUGGUGCCUUUGAGCCUGGAUGAGGACUACGCGGAGAAGUUAGAGUAUGUGGAGACCGAUAAGGAGAACGGAGAGAGCGUCUGGGAAGCAUCCAUGCCCUCCUGCCCAAAGCCCCCCAGAGUGGAUGCAAUGCUUCCGCCCAACUUCAGAAAAAACCAUCAGGCGAAGCCCCCUGUCCCUACCCCGGUGUUUGAGAAGAGGGAGGAGGAUGAAGAACAGGCCUACAUGAAUGACGAAGAUGUGGCAGCCAUCACGGGAACAAAGCCGAAGCCAGCCAGCCAGGGCGCCGUUAAGGUGAUCUGGGGAGGGGGCGGCCAGACCAAGGCGCUGCCUAUACCAACCGGCGAGCCAGGCAAGCCAGCCACUAAAGGCCAGUUUACCAGAAGUCCCAGCAGCACCCUCAACCUACGGAAACAUGGUAGCAGCUCCCCCCGCCAGGCCACGUCGUGGGGCGGAGACAUCUCCGAGGAGCUGGCGCGGAAGCUACAGGAGCGAAGAGCCAACCUUGAGAACUGACCUGCUGCCCUGCGCGGAUGGCCUGGCGGGCAAGGAGGCUUCUGCUGGGGACACAGGGUUCCAAUCCUCUCGGGGAACCAAACCAUGGCCCCCAACCUCUCCCAGCUCUUGUGCAGCGUUGAUCACGUACCCAGGGCCCGGCCCUGCUUCUCUGGCCCUUUCCCAGCACCGUGAGACAGGGGUUUGUAGGGCUCCCAGCACCCUCUGCCCAACGGCAGCCCCCCCGAGAUAGCUUUAGCUCUGGGCCCUUCACUGUGAUUUUUCUAGGGACAAGGCUGCCACCUCGCAUGGGCCCUGGCUGUCCCCCUUCCAUGGCUCAGAGUGACUGCCCCUUAGCCUGGUAGGAUGUGGGCUGUGGGUGCCACGUGCCUGGACAAGCAACAAGUGCCAAAGGGAGGGAAAGAUGCCCCAUGGGUGGAUCUGGGCGCGGCUGGGUGCCCUCGCCACCAGAGAGGAAGCUAAUCCAGAUCCCGGCAGCUGCGCCUGGCCCUGCUGCAGAGCAAGGGGGUCGCUGAGGGCAAUGCCAGAGCACUUUUAAUAGCCAUGUGAUUCCCACCGUGCCAGGAGGGCUGUGGGCGAGGGGCUAAUCCCGACCCCAGCUCAGGGAGGAAGCGCCAGGGGUUGUGUGCUGCGCUCAGACUCAUGGGCCUAGGCCAGGCCCUUUGCAUGCUGCGGCUCAGGGUUAAACGGCACGGGCGGCGGGGGAGAUGGGUGAUGCCUUCCUAUGCCCAGUUUGCUUAGGGGUGUUUCACAGUGCAGGGUAAACCAAAGGCAGAGCUGGGGGGGCAGGAGUGGCAUACCUGUGGCUGGCAUGCCAAGGGGGCUGCAAGCUAGAAUUAUGGGGCAGCUGGCCAGGGGGCAUCCCAGGGGGGCUGCAGGUUGGGUUUGGGGAGGCAUCAGCAAAGCUGUAUGUAGGGGGAGCCCAGGGCAGUCCUGAAGUGGGGUGCAUUGACAGGUGUGCCUUAGGGAAGCCCCUUGGCUGGACCGGGGGAGGGGCGGCUGCAGCUGAGGGCACUGGCCGAGCUGGGAGCGGGGCCCAGGGCUGGUACAGCAGGGAGCUCCUGUUUGGAACUGGGGGUGCUGGCAGGGUGAUGCGUGGGAAGGUCUUGUGGCCCCUGCCAACACGCCCCAGGACUCCAGGGAGCUGCUCAGUCCCUCCCCCGCGUCCACACGGAUCAAUCAGAACAGCCAGCCUGGGUCCGCCCAAUGGUCCAUCCAGCCCAGGACCCUGUCUUCCACCAGCGGCCAGUGCCCGAUGCUUCGGAGGGAAUGAACCGAACAGGGCAGUUAGUGAGUGAUCCAGUCCCAGCUUCUGCCAGUCAGAGGCUACAGGCACCCAGAGCAUGGGGUUACGCCCCUGACCAUCUCGGCUGAUUGCCAGUGAUGGACCUACCCUCCAUGAACGGAUCUAAUUCCUUUUUGAACCCAGUUAUACUUUUGGCCUCCACCACAUCCCCUGGCGAUGAGUUCCACAGGUUGACGGUGCAGUGUGUGAAGAAA